GAUUGCAGGGUGCAGAAGCCAGAAAAGAAAGAAAGAAUGUACCGAGCAUCACCGCAGUCGCAGGUUCCGCUGUCGCGUGCACACUCUGUUUCCUCCUCCGACGCACAAAGACCCAACCUCAACGCUGAUCCAAAGGGUCUCCAAUCUUCUCUCCAAAACCUCCUCACCCUCCAUAGCCACAACUCCCUCAUCCUCCGCCACCACACUGAGAAAGCGAAGAAGGAGGCAAUAAAGAAAGCUGAGAGAGUUUCUGAGCUGUUAGUGGAGGCUGUAAAUGGUGGGGUGCAAGAUUCUUUCAUGUAUGAGAAGCGAAUAGAGCAAGAGAUUCGAGCUCUUUCUGCCACUGUUGCUAAGUUCAUGAAACAAACGGAUCAGUGGCUUGCUGCAACUCAUGCUCUCAACACUGCUGUUAAGGAAAUUGGAGACUUCGAGAACUGGAUGAAGAUCAUGGAAUAUGAUUGUAAAAGUAUCACUGCAGCUAUACAGAAUAUUCACCAAGAUUGAUCUUGCAGAAAGUUGUCAUGCAAGUUGCAUGCUGGAGGAAUUGCCGAGGCCCUCGAGGGAUAACGUUAGCUGUUUAAUUUUCCUUUAAAUUUAUGAGUAAGCAUACUUUGUAGUCUCACCCUUUUAAUGAAUUUUUUUUCCCUAUAAGAAGCCUGACUAGCUGUGUAGGAGUCUCAGUAGCUGGUUUAGGGUGCAUCAUUGUUUUUGUUCUCUUAAGAAAAGUACCUUCUUCAAUAUUCAAUAAACAUGGUACUUAGAUUAUGUAAAAAGAAAGGGACUUAAAUUUGUAUAGCUUGUUUGAAUAAGCUUCUAAGGUAUUAUUUGUUAGUUGGGUUUUGGAGGAAAGGAGAGGGGAAGAGAAGGCUUGAAAUGUAAAUUUUAUACGAAGAAAAUAAUUAAUUUUUGCCUUUUAUCAAGAAAAAACCAGGUUAAGAGCUGCUUCU